CUCCAGGCCCCGACGCGGGGCAGGGCGCGCCGCUGUGGCUUCCGCGCGGGCCGUGCCAGGGACCCCCGUCGGCGCCGCGCUCGGCGAUUGCAGAGGGUGCGCUCUGUGCUCGGCGCCUUGAGGCCUCGCGGGGACGCCGCGCCGCCCUCGUCGGGCCUCCUCGGGGCGCGGCGGAGAGCUCCGCCGAGGUCCCCGCCCGCCCUUCGGGCUGCGGGCUGCAAGCCCCGCCCUGUGCGUACCGCGCCCUGCGGAGCCGCCGAGCCAUGUCCGCUGCUGCCCAGGGCGACUACGUCGCCGGCGUGCUGCGCGACAUGUACGGCGGCGGCGCCCUCCCGCGCGCCGCGACGCAGCUGCUGCGGGACCGCUGCAAGGCGCGGAGCUCCUCGGCGCCCCCCGCGCGGACGUGGUCGAACUCCGCGUCAGAGGGGCGGGCGGAGAGGAGACGAGGGAGGAAACCGCGUCGACCUGCGGGUGCCCCGCGUGGGGCGCGGCCGGGGCUCCGAGGAGCCGGCGCUGCCGCCCAGGAUGCCAGCGGGGCGGCGGCCGCACGCCGCGAUCGUCCGGGAGACGGCGAACUACUGCCGCCUCGACGAGCGGCCCCACAGCUCGGCCGCGACAACGACGCCGAGAGGCAGUGGCUGGCGGACCGGCGCUACAUUCGGGAGCGUCCAGGAGAGUCGGGUGAGGACCUGGGGGGUGCGUGUCUCAGAGGAGUGAUCUGUCCCCCCUGAGUGGCCCUCGCCUUGCCCCCCCCCCUCCCUCUGCGACCGCCCGCUCUGUCCCGUGUUCCUGCU